CAGAUGCAUAAACUCCGAAUUAAAAGCAACUAAUAGUGAAAUAUGCUUAGAUGACAAUAAUAGCAAUAUGGAAGACUAUGAUUUAUUGGAUUUCCACAUCACUGUCAUGAUCAAAGUACAUGAAAAUGAAAGAUCCUCUUCAUCACUUUUAUUAGCGGGCUUAUCUAAACCACAGUUUAGUCCGAACUAUUUGACCAAGAAUGAUACGAGGGGUGCUUGGUCACUAGCAGCCACAGGUCAACAUUGCGAUAAAAGUCAAAUUCCACUUCCAUCUAAUGGCGACAAUAGUACAGAAUGGUUUUGGUUAACAGAUUGGCAAAUUGAUUACAGUGAUCCGCGUAUUGAUCCCACUUCAGGUUGGCAGUAUGCACGCUCAUUUGAUGAUCCCGAUAACGUUUGGACCCCCGUUACACCUACCAGUGGUUACGGAUGGGUGAGAAGAAGGACAUGGGUACGUGUCAUGAAACGUAAAAUGGACUUACUGAAAAAUGACUAUACUAUAAAUUCAUCAUAUCAAGAGCAACAUCAAACCUCCGAACAUAAAGGUACUCAAGCAGAUGAAGAGGAAGACUAUUUAUAUGCAGCAGAAGAUAUUGUUCAGUCUAUACAACAGCAAGGAGACAGUAAUAAGCAUACCAAAGAUAUUAAACAAUUGGCAGUCGAGCUACGUGCAUUGGAAGAAGCUGUUCAGCUACUACGCGAUGGUAUGAAAAGUGAUGGGAAUCCUUAUCGCAUUCAGCAAGCAGAACGCUUCAUUCAAGAUUACACCGCCCAAAUUAAUACUUUAAAUGCAAAAAUAUCCCAAUCAACAGAUACCCUUUCUACACCGAUCACUUCUCUACCAAGACAACACAUUAACUCUGAAUUAGCCCGGGAACUAGGCUUCGUUGAGAAUGGCAAUAGCAACGAUCUGGAAAUUGAUACGUCCAACCCAUGGUCACAUAAUCAACACUUCAACACAGCUCUUACCCCUGAUCCGUCCAAUAGAACGAAUCACCUAAUUGACGAUGAUGACAGCGAUAACGCUGAACACUCAAAGAAUGAUCCAAUCAGAAAUUACAUUUGGGAAAAUGAUCUAGACGUGAAAGACUGUCGAGGCUGUGGACGUAAAUUCGGUUUGUUGGUAAGAAGGCAUCAUUGUCGUUGUUGCGGACUGAUCCAUUGCGAUCGUUGUUCUAUGUCGAGAGCCUAUCUAGGCCCUACACAAAUAUUACAAAACCCUAAUGGUCCUUUGGAAUCGUUGGAUAUUUUGGCUUCUCAACAUCAACGAGUGUGUGAUACAUGUUAUGCAAAGCUAGGCGGCAUCCCACCUUGAAGAGAGAGAAGGAUAGGAAACGAAUCAUAUUACCUUACUUUUAUAUACUGACAUACUAUCUUUACAGAAAUAAAAAAUUA